AUGUGCAUACAGCAACUGGCACGUGUUUGUGGUCUUGUAGCAGCUUUUCACAGUGAAAAGUCCACGUUUUGCACAUUAUCAGGCUUUAAGGACACGAAACAACAGGUAGCAGUGGCAUGUAUGAUCCAUUGGAAGCUACAGCAAGAUCAGGAGGGUGGUGUGAAGGUAUCGAUGAACAAUUUGGCCAUGGGCACGUGUCUUUCACUCGCGCAGCUGCUGAACUGCGACAAGAUGGCAAUGGAGAUACUUGAACAUGGUAUUGUGACUGUGUUGGACGCUGACUCAUUUGUUAAUGAAGUGCUACAUCAGACGAAGGAGGAUAAUGAGUUGCAGGUAGUAGACUGCAGAGAGCAAAAGGAGUUUUUGGGUCUUGCAAACGACAAGGAGGUGUCGGGACACCUUGAAGGUGCCAAAAAUGUUCCGUUUGCAUCAAUAUUUGCGACAGAUAGCGAUUCUAAUGGUACAGAACAGGAAGACGGAGACUCUAUGGUCGAAAGUAGUUGUGACGGAGCGUCCCUGCUGCCUGUAGAAAAGCUGCGGGAAGUCUUUGAAGGUAAUGGCAUUGAUCUGAGAAAACCUGUUGCGGUUGUAGCGAGUCUACCAGCAGAAGCAGCUGCUGUUGCAACUGCCUUGUUGCUUACUGGUCAAUGUACUAGAGUUGCAUUUUGUUCCGAUGCGCUCAAUGACGAGCUGGUCGCAUCUUUUCCCUCUUCGUAUACUGCUGACAUUCUCGGCGAAGGUCAGUUACUAUAUAAAGACGACAAGGGCACCUUUGACCUAUCGCCACAGUUAGAUGGAAUCGACACGGCCGUGGGUGCGGAUCGAAAAGCAAAGAUGGCGGAGCUUGAAAACAUCUACAAGGAAGAACUUAGCAGGAAGGCAAGCAAAGAGCGAGGAAAUGACAAAACGGAAGAUAAAGUGGAGGAAAUCGUAUGGAUUAAGGACAGCCGUCGUUUUUUUGACAUGCCAUCUCCUAUCAGCAAACUAGAGUUUUUGGAUGCGUCACGAGCAAUUUUCCGUGUGGUAUCCUUUGUGCUGGCGCCUUUUGGGUUUCCUGCUUUGUUGCGCAAAAAACUCUCUUUGCAGGAGGUUAAGACCCAAUGUGGAUCCCUCUUUCAGGAUGUGAUUGAGGUAUGCUCGGAUCUUAUCUACCAGCAAAAAGAGCUCAAUGAAGGCGCGAUGGCUAUGAGCGUACACAAGUGGAUAGAACAAAAUCAUGACUUUGAAUGCACUGAACAAGUAAAGGCGAUUAAUGAAAUCUGGGAAGUCUUGUACACACCUCCUGCCGUAGUAGAAGUGCCAGACCUUAGCGAGGACCAUGUAUUUGAGCUCGCAACAAGAUUGGAUCAGAAAAUGCGCGAGCUGGUUGGCCAGCGCACACCUUGGGCGUUUUUGAGUGUGGACGAGGAAGAGCCCAACGACGAAAAGGAUUUUGACCCUCAAGAGGUAGUGCGAAAUGUGGAUAAAAAGGAGUUUAGCGAUGAGGAGCUCAACAAGAUGGACAAAGAAGACAAAGCAUGUACGAGAAAAAACGAUACGGAUGAGCAGGAGAUUAGAGCCAAAGAAGGUGGAGUCGAUGAGGCUGAAACUGCCAGCAAAGCAGACAUUGUGUUUGAAAAUAAAGCUUCUAGCAAGGCAGACGGACAUAUUGUGGAGGACAAAAUGUCCGACGAGGUGGAUGCCAAUGAUGGCAAAGUGAUAAAUAAGAAGCAGGAGGAUAAAGAAGUGCAGGUGGCUAGCGACAAGAGCGAUGCGAAUGACAACGAUGUGGAAGCGGUACACUCAGGAUCAGUGGACGUUAAGAUCGAUAGGUCUCCUGAUCGGGAACGAUCUGAGUCCGAAGACAAUCGCAUAGAGAGCUGGAAACACAUGUAUCCGAGUGUUGUUUACUCGCUCGGUUUCAUCCCACAAGAUAUGGACACAAACCACAAAAAGCUGAGUACGUUGCAAAUUAAGUCACUUGUCCAGGCCUUAGCAGAAGCUUCGUGGGAUGUUAUCAAGAAUGAAACGAAAGAGCUCAGUCAGGUUGAAUUUCAGGCUUUGUGCGAGACACUUGGCAGUGAAAAGCGGGAUCAACUGACCGAAUGCGUUGCUGAGGCAGAUAAGUCGCUGUAUGUUCUGAAACAUUUUCUCACUCGCUCACUAAAGAAGGAUGAUGAUUCUUUGGGUGACAAGUUAGCUGGUGUGCGCGAAGCUGUAUUGGAUGGUGACAAUCGCCGACGGUCAGGACGCAACCAUGUCGCCCUUGCGGCAUACUCUAAAGCCUUUGAUUAUCUUCCACUUUACCACAAGGACCUUGGAAAUGCAGUGGUUGGUCGGGCCAGAUGCUUUCUCGACAUGAAAGAAUUGGGUCGUGCGAAGACGGAGGCUCUCGUUGCACUAAGACUGAACCCAUAUAGUGUUGGGGCUUACGAAUGUCUUGGCAGCGUUGAGGAGAAGACUAACCACCCCGAAGCAGCAAUGCAGCAUUACGUGACGUGUUUCAUUCUUGAUGGCUCGCGCUCACCAGAGCACGCCGAGUCCAUUGACCGCGUGUCGCGCGUGGUGGGCCGACGUGUGGCGAAGGCUCGGUUUGCCGAGAUGGAAAAGGUGCAUGAACUUCCGUCAGCGUGGCUGGUAAACAGCUACUUCGAGUCUUUUGAACACGACUUCGAUCAUGCGGCGCGAGUGCCGUUUGAUAUUGCGAAGAAGGAAGAUAUGAAACAGCUCGAUCUGGAUGCGCUCACGCUGCUUUACCGGGCAAUUCACUACAAGCGAAGUAAAAAGUAUGGUGAAGCACAACGCGACAUCAGAGCGUUGGUAUCCAAGGACAUGGAAGCUGAAGGGCUUUCAGUGGAAAACCGUGCUUUGGCACUUAACCUACAUGCAUCGUUGCUGUAUGUUGCUGGCGAUGUGCACACCGCGUUGGAGGUUAUCGACCAAAGCCUGGCGCUUCAGCCAACCAUGGUGAAUUCAUUGGUGAAGAAGGGUGGGUUUCUCGCAGAACUUGGCGAGACGGAUGAAGCGACAUUGUGUUUCUCCAAGGCCGUGGAACUGGACUCGAAGGAGGCAGACGUGCACUUACAUGUUGGGCAAAUGGAGCUACUUAACGGCAAUUAUUACGAGGCUGUACAAUGCCUUCGUCGCUGUAUUUCUCGAUCGGAUGCCCUACCGGUUACCCACGUUUCAUAUGGCAUGGCUCUCUAUAAAAGUGGAUCAACAUAUCAAGCUAAGGACGUGUUCAAGGAGGCCUCUACAAUGUUUCCACACUCUGCUGAGGUGCAUCUCUUCCACGGUGAAGUGCUGGCGGACCAAGGGAAUUAUGCUGACGCUAUGCGUCAUUUUUUGACAGCUUGGGAACUGUCGCCUCAAUGUCCAUUGCCAUUCCUAAAUGCUGGUCGCGUCUACGUCGGUACAAACGACCCUAUGCGAGCAAUCACACACUUUCAACAGGCACUUGAAGUGGAUCCUCGCUGCAGUUCGGCACAUCUUGAUAUCGCCCAAGUGCUUUUUGCUCAAGGUCGUACCACUGAAGCAUUUGAGCAUUUUGAAGUGGCUGCAUCUUGCUGUCGUUUUCUUCCUGAAGUGGAAGAAGUAUGCGCUUGUGAAGUAAUGGCCAAAAUGCAACUUAAGGUGACGGAAAUUCUUGGUGUCGAGUUGCGCCAUAUCAUGCGCUCAAAGUAG